AUGAAGAAGGAGCAGGCAGCGCAAGGAAGCAUCUGCCACAAGAACUACCCCCCUCCCCGACUCUCAUGCAAGCGCCUGCUCAACGCUCGACCUCCAAAGUGCUCACAAUUCAUACAGCGUGGGCGACCGCAGGAGAGCAGACUGGGGAUGAACGUGGCUGAAGUGGACAAGGAGGACAAGGAGCUCGUGCAUGGGCCGGAGGACAUGGCAGAGAGGGUGUGCAUCCAUCCACACCACACGCGAUAG